CAGCCCAGCAGCUGUCUCCCCACCGCCAGCCUGGGGCUGACGUCUCCAAAGGCUCCGAUGCGCCAGGAUCUGGGAAGACCUCGUGAAGCAGCAGGCAGGCUCCGCCGGGAGCACCGACCCGGAGCAGGAUGGAUGAGAGCAAACCCCUGAAGGUCCGGCUGACGUUCUCGGUGAUCCUGGUGGGCGUCUCGCUGCUCUUCGCAGCCGUAGUGACUGACCACUGGGCCGUGCUGAGCCCCAAGGUGGAGGAGUACAACGCUACCUGUGAAGCGGCUCACUUCGGGCUAUGGAGACUCUGUAUAAAGAGGAUUUUUAUGCAGGAGCAAGGUCCCAAAGAGAAGGGCUGCGGGCCCAUAAGCCUGCCAGGAGAACACAACUGCUCCUACUUCAAGCACUUCACACCAGGACAGAGCUCAGAGAUAUUUGAAGUAACCACCCAGAAAGAAUACAGCAUCUCGGCUGCAGCCAUUGCCAUCUUCAGCGUUGGCUUUGCAAUCAUCGGAACAAUCUGCGUCCUCUUAUCCUUCAGAAGGAAGAGAGACUAUCUGCUGAAGCCAGCAUCUAUGUUCUACACCUUUGCAGGCCUUUGCAUCAUCAUCUCUGUUGAAGUCAUGAGGCAGUCAGUGAAGAGGAUGAUCGACAGCAAGGAGACAGCCUGGAUUGAGUACAGCUACUCCUGGUCCUUUGCCUGUGCCUGCUCGUCCUUCGUCCUGCUCUUCCUCUGCGGCCUUGGGCUCCUGCUGAUCGCGCUGCCUCGCUUCCCCCAGAACCCCUGGGAGACCUGCAUGGAUGCAGAGCCGGAGCACUGAUGGUCCCAGCACUCACAGAACAAGCCAGAAAGUGGUUCUGAAAAUACUUGUCUUUUUUGAAAUGCCUGGGUCUCACCAGACCACAUGCUCUCCAUUCAUUCAGUCAGCACUGAGCCAAGGCCUGCUCAGUUCUAGUCAUUGCUUUGUUUCUUCUUUUCUUUUUUUCUUUAUUUUCUAAGGAAGCAAAAGGAGCAUUCAGCACCAGCAUGGGUCAUGGGCGAAUGGACCUGCUCUGUGCCAGUCUGGGGAUGCCCUAGGCUGAUGCAGUUGGGGAAAAAAA